AUUUUUUCCUGUCCCUAUUUUUGUAAAGGGAGAUGUAAAAUUUGCUGAAGUUCUUGAAAAGAUGGGAGCUCAAGUUACAUGGACAGAGAACAGUGUCACUGUUACUGGACCACCACGAGAUUCUUCUGGUCGAAAAGUCUUGCAAGGCAUUGAUGUCAAUAUGAACAAGAUGCCAGAUGUUGCCAUGACACUUGCUGUUGUUGCACUAUUUGCUAAUGGUCCCACCACUAUAAGAGAUGUGGCAAGUUGGCGAGUUAAAGAGACAGAGAGAAUGAUAGCAAUAUGCACUGAACUCAGAAAGCUAGGAGCAACUGUUGAAGAAGGUCCUGAUUACUGUGUGAUUACUCCUCCCGAGAAAUUGAAUGUAACAUCUAUAGACACAUAUGAUGAUCAUAGAAUGGCAAUGGCAUUCUCUCUUGCUGCUUGUGGAGACGUUCCAGUAACCAUCAAGGAUCCUGGUUGCACCAGGAAGACAUUUCCUGACUACUUUGAAGUCCUUGAGAGGUUCACCAAGCACUAGACAUUCUUGUACAUUGAGUAGGGAAGAAAAAGAGAGAGAUAAAAUACUCACAAAACAGUGAGUAUGUGGCUUGCUUUUGUUUCUAAAAAUUACCCUGUAAGGACGUGAGAUAAUUUGUAUUGUUGAAAGAGCUAUUUGUUCUGUUGUAUCAAAGUAAAUUAAUUUUCAAGUGA